AAAAUUCCCCAAACACAACGUAAAUGUGACUUGGGAUCCUUCCCCAAACUGAGAGAGAGAGAGAGAGAGAGAGAGAGGAGAGUCUCUUCAAGUCUUGCAGCGGGGAAAGGUUAGGGCACUCUCUUCAACUCUUCGUCUUCAAAGACUUCACAGUCGGGUAAGUCUUGAAGCCACACGUCGUUUUACAUUUUCCAAACAGGAGCAUCUCCCACAGCCUAACCAAAACCCUCCCAAAGAGAGAAAUGGCGAGGAAAACCACCGAAAUAGCAGGCCCAACAGUCUCGCUCCAAACUCGCCACUCUGAAGGGGUGCUACCCUAGCUCGCUAGGGCUGGCGGGUUCUUGUACACUCGCCUGGCUUCUCCUUCUUCUCUUUCCCCAAACUUGAGUCACAAACUUAACUAGUAUCUGGGCUUGAUUAAAAUGUAGGUGUGAACGCCCAUGCCAUAUACAUGAAUCGUCAUAGCUUUAUGUCUGACCUUCGCUGCAUGCCUGCAUGCUUCAAGAGUUUCUUUUGCCCUGCAACAUAACUAGCACCUUUGCACGAACCCGUGCUAUUCAUGGCAAUCGAAUAUAAUAAAAUAAGAUGAAAAGGUUUUAGGAAUUUGUUUUCUUUUCAAUAGGUGUGAAUAGUUCGUUUCAGUGUAAUUUGUAGCGUAUGGCGGUCUGGGUAAUAGGUCUCUUAUUAUGGGUUGUCUGACAUCCAAAUUUCAGCACUUAAAUUGACAUCUGACAUUGUGCAUCCGAAAAGGUGCAUUUAGUCGCAAAAAUGAGGGUACCAUCUGCAAAUUGAAUUCUUAUUAGGAGGUUAAGUGGAUUCUUAUGAAAAAUGGAGCCUCAACCUUACAUGUAUCUAGUUUCGUGUUGAUCAGCGAUUUGACCUUGAUAAAAAAAGAAAAGAAAAAGAGAGUGAUUAACCAUAUUUUAUAACAAGCAAAUAAGGUAAAUGGACAAAUCAAGUCAGUUUGUUGGGGAAAAUUUAGAGUACACAUACUCAUCAAUUUAUGAGGUUUAAACACAUACUAAACGUAGUAGUAUUGUGGGUCAAGUUCCCCAUUUCCAUCUUUUUUUGUAUUGGACAAAAGUUGGGCCAAACUGCUGCCCGAUUUCAAUCCCUUCUUAUUGAAGUUAAAAAGCUAUUUUCAGUUCUCUCAUUUGGGUAUGACAUAUUUUUCUAAUUGAUUGUGGAAAGCAACUUUGAGUCUUGCCCUUGUUGUUCUUUAAAAAUUACAGUUUCCAAGAUUACUUGGAAUCUCAAGUCUUAACUUGGGUGUGUGCAUGCUUUAGUAUCAGUGCUGCUGUUUGUGCCUAAUUACGUGACAAGCAAAGUAUUGUUGAAGACAGGCGAAGAAUUGGAUUUGUUUUGUCCUGGUAGAUAGGUGAGUGCAAGGUAGCUCUAGGAAAAUGUUCAUAUGUAUCACGCUUGUCUAGUCUUGUUGGGAACUUCACCCCUCCUGCUUUUUCAAGAUAUUACUAAUGAACAAAAUGAUGCCAUUUUCUUCUAUAAUGUAUCUUUACUAUUUUACCAUUGCCCUGAGUCGAAAUGAUCAUCAGUAUGUGGAGCUAAUUGUUAUUUACUUUCAUUAGACUUCAUAAAACCUGCACAAUGCUGGGGAAACAGAGAUCUACUUCAGAUAUAAUCAGUAAUCUUCCAAGCUAUAUUGUGGAAAAUAUCCUAAAGUACUUGCCAUUGAGGGAUGCAGUGAGAACGAGUGUCUUGUCAAGAAGAUGGAGGUACAAAUGGGUAACACUCCCGCAACUGGUAUUUGAUCAUAACCUGUUCUUUCUAAACUCAGGGGAUUGGGAGAAAAUCAAGGCAAUUAUUUACCGAGUUCUACUUCUUCAUCAAGGACCAUUAGUGAAAUUCGAGCUGUCGUAUCCCCCAUUUGGAAGUUGCAUGGAUAUCGAGAAUUGGAUUCUUAUGCUGUUGAAGAAAAAUAUCCAGAAGUUCACCCUUCGGCUUGAUGUGAACUCGCACUAUGAGUUCCCAUGUCAACUAUUUUCUUUCCUACAACUGAAGCGUUUGAAUCUCUGUUAUUGUGUAUUCAAACCACCUCCUACAUUCAAGGGAUUUAGCAGGCUUGUCGACCUUAAACUCUGUUCUGUUAGUAUUGCUCCAAAAAUGUUUGAACAAUUCAUCUCUAAUUGCUCCCUUCUAGAACAAUUGAGGUUGUCUUACUGCACCAAGUUUGACUUCCUCAUAAUCAACGCCCCUAAUCUCAAACAUUUCUUCUUUUGUGGCACUUUAAAAUCAGUUUCUUUCAAAAACACCCCUCUUCUUGCGGUAGUUUCAAUUGAAUUGUUUUCCUUGGUUGGAACUGUUAAGCGGCCUGAGGAAGAAGCAGAUUCCGAUUGGGUGAAGUUUUUCCAGUGUUUACCUGCUGCUAUUGAGGACAUGCACUUGGAUAGACCCUUUUUGGAGUCAUUUGCUGCAGGUCAUAUUCCAGAGAGCAUUCCAAGUACUUUGAACCAUCUCAAAGUCCUUGCUCUAUCUUAUAUUAGUACUUGUGUUGUUGAUCACGUCUCACAUGCUCUUUGCUUGCUUAGAAGCUUCCCCAACUUAGAGAGAGUUGAUAUCAGUAUACAUAAUGAUGUUCCAAAUGAAGAUCCUGUUGUAGAAUAUUUGCAAGCACAAGAUUUCUCGAAAUUUUCAUUGAACCAGCUUCGAAAAGUGAAGAUGUGGAGUGUUUCAGGUGUGGAGUGUGUAACGCCUUUUGCUAAGAUUCUGUUGGCACAUUCACCAGUACUCGAGAAGAUGGUGAUAUUGCUUGAUCUAGAUAACUUUGAUGAGAAAGGAGCUGCAAUGUUAGAAGAAGAGUUGACACGAUUCCAGAAAGCAUCUCCAAAAGCGCAUGCAUGCCCCUGGAUGAUGAGUAUUCUUUGGCGUCAAGAUAUAUAUUACUAUGAGAAAGGAGUUGCGAUGUUAUAAGUGUUGACACGAUUCCCGAAAGCAUAUCCGAAAGUAGAAGUGGUGUGCUCAACUUUUUUAGAUUAUGUUAAACCUAAAGCAAAGAGUCGGUAAUCACCUUUAUUGGAGUACAUUGUUUCCAAUUUCGACUCUUCUGUUCGAGAGAGAUGUAGAAGUAUCAUCAACUAUAGUAAGAAAAUUCAAGAAG